GGGGAAACUGAGGCACGUAGUCCCUGUUUCCACUCCAUGCCUCCAGCAUAGGGGACGUGCCACCAAACCCCCACCUCUCGAAACGAGAAGCAAAGGAAAGAAUCCCAUUACCUCAGUACCAGCUGCAGUAGGAGUGGACGUCGGGUGAGCUUACUGCUCUGUGGGCAGAAGCACCACCUUCUUCACCUUCCCUUUUCCUCAUCCUCUUCCUUUGAGGUGCAGACCCGGAGGCAUUUCUUCUCUUUCUAUCAGUUUCUGAGCCCCCAGCGCAUAUCUGUGGGCUCAAUGGAGUUCCGGAACAGGAGCAUCAGGCCACGGAUGGAAAGGUACCAUGGGAUGACGGAGUUCCAGGGUGAGCACAAUAAUCCAUGGGUGGAGGAGUUCAAAGAGGUGUGGGCAAAGUACGACAUGGACUGUGGGAAGGUGAAGGAGGAGGUGGAGGUGGGUGAGGAUCCAGUGCCGUACCAAGAAGAUGAAAUCCCACCAGACUUGGAAAGAAGGAUGGCCCCGCUGUUGGAUCAGAUGCUGAAGGAGGGCAUCGUGGAGCCAGGCAGGUCGCCCUCCAACAGCCCUCUGCGCCUCUUCAUCAAGGACAACGGGGCGACGUUGCGGCUGACGCUCGACUUCAAGGGUAUCAACAGCGUCAACCACCGGCAGCCAACAGAGUCCCUGGACCUGAAGGAGGUGGCGAAGGUGCUCAGCCCUCGCAGCCGCUAUUUCUCCUACCUCGAUCUGUCCUGCUGCUCCUUCGCCAUCCCACUGACGGCUGCUUCCAAGCUCAGGUUCGCCUUUACCUUCCGAGGGAGGCAGUAUCUGUUCAACCGCCUGCCACCAGACUUCUAUCUCACCAGCAGCAUCUUGCACCGCCGCGUGACCCGCAUGCUGGCCCAGCUGUCUCCAGAGUACAAAGGCUGGGUGUCUUCUUAUGUAGAUGAUAUUGUCAUCUCUGGGAGAACCCAAGAGGAGACCGAGUCCCUCACCAAGGAGGUUCUGCAGCUGAUCAGAUCCACUGGUUUUAAACUCAAGCUGCGGAAGGCACAGCUGGUGAAGCCUGAGGUGGACUACCUGGGGCUGAAGCUGUCGGCACGUGGCUGGGAGGUACAGGAGAGCAAACGGAAGGACAUUGCAAACACCCCGACCCCAUCGAACCUGAAAAGCCUCCGCUCGCUGCUAGGGAAGAUGCGCUUUCAUCAGGACCACGUGGAGGACUAUGAGGAGCUGGUGUGGCCCCUGGAGCAGCUGAAGAAUGAGAAGUGGCAGUGGGGCAAGAAGCAGCAGGAGGCGCUGCAGAGGCUGAAACAGGCCAUCCUGACAGAGCCGGUGUUGCGCUUCGUCGAUCGGUCGCAGCCGCUCAUCAUCAAGACGACGGCGAGCAGCAAGACAACGGGGGCUGCUCUGCUGCAGGAGAAUGAGAAGGGGCAGAUGGUCCCCGUUUGGUUCAAGUCCAAGGUGCUGGAGAAGCACCAGAUGUCCUAUUCGCCCGAGGAGAAGCACUGCGUGGCGGUGCUCAGAGCAAUGCAUGCGUUCCAGGACCUCACAGGGUCAGCUCCCAUUGUGAUCCAAAUGCCCGGUUCCCCUUGGAAGUACCUUCUUUGGGGUGACACCAAGACCUUCUGCUGGCCGACCCCCGGCAAGAAGCAAUGGAACCUGCUGCUGGUCAAUGGGGGGGAAAACAUCCCUGCAUCUCCACAGCUCUCAGGUGUGCUGGUGCGCCGCGCAUGUCCCCUACAAGAGCUGCCAUCCAGUGUGCCCCACAGCAAUGUUUGGUUCACAGCGGGGACCUGGGCCUGUGAGGCAGCCUUCGGCUUUGCUGCCACCAACCUGGAGGAGCGCUGGCUGCUGGGGUUGAUGCAGCGUGGCUCGCUGGAGGACGUGGAGCUGGAGGCCAUCAGGGUGCUGCUGCAGGAGCACCGGAGCUCCAAGCCCUUGUAUGUCUAUGCCAACACCCAGAGCGUGGUGCAAGGGCUGUGGGAUGGGGACAGCGAGGAUAGAAGGGUGGGUGAUGAGCAGUUGUGGCAGAGCAUCCUGCAGUGGGUGCGUACCAACCCAGGGGUGCUGCAUGUUGGGCACAGCAGGGAUGGGGAGCAGCUGGAAUGGAACCAGAAGGUAGAGGAGAGAGCACAGAACAUCCAAGCGUGGGUGUUGUCUGCUCAUGGCCAGCGGGUGUGGGAGCCGUCCAAGCAUGAGAGGCAGGAGAUCAUUGCCCGCAGCCAUAUGGGGCACGCGGGGGUGAGGAAGAUGCUGAAGAGGGUCUGGCAGGUGGCACACUGGGAGGGGGAUCAAGAGCAAGUGGAGCAGUGGGUGCAGUGCUGCAGCUGCACCAGCAGCCCCCCGCAGCCCCAGCGCACCGAGGGGCCAUGGUCUCAUCUGCAGCUGGCCCAUGUCAGUGACCUGCCCCGCUCCUCAGAGGACUACUCCUCCCUGCUCGUGCUGCUGGAUGAGUUCUCGGGGUGGGUGGAUGCCUUCCCGAUGCAGAAAGGCAACACAGAGGAGAUGGUGACGCUGCUGCAAGCGCAGGUGGUGCAGCGGUUGGGGAUGCCGUGCCGUAUCAGUGUGGGGCACUGUGAGCCUAUCCUGCAGGACGCGGUGCAGAUGGGGCUGCAAAUGCCUGUGAAUGUGCAACACCCAUCACCCAACCAGGUCACAGCCAUCACCACCAGCCUGCGGCGGCUGGUCCAGAGCGCGGGCAAACAUUGGGCUGACAGCUUGUCGCUCAUUGUGGCCACCCUUAGGGCCACGUGUGUGCGUAGCGAGGUGCUCGGCCCCUAUCAGCUCUGCUUCCAUCUCCCGCUGGUCCUCAGGGUCAACGCCCGUGAGGGAGAAGCAGCGCCCGGCCCCACUGAGCCCCUCCUGCUCUGGCUGGCACGGCUGCAGGAGGACAGGGCUGAGUACAAGCAGAGGGUGGAGGAGGCCAUGGAGAGUGUAGCCUGGGAUGCUGAGUAGGGCUCAGAGGUCACAGGAUGGCACUGCUCCUGUUGUAGAAUCAGAGAACCAUUCAGGUUGGAGAAGACCUCUAAGAUCAUCAAGUCCAACUCCAACCUAUCCACAAUGUGCCCAAUAACCGUGGCCCAUGCCAUUGGCAUAGAACCAUAGAAUGGCCUGGGUUGAAAAGGGCCACAAUGAUCAUCCAGUUUCAACCCCCUGCUAUGUGCAGGGUUGUCAACUGCUGGACCAGGCUGCCCAGAGCCACAUCCAGCCUGGCCUUGAAUGCCUGCAGGGAUGGGGCAUCCACAGCCUCCUUGGGCAACCUGUUCCAGAGCAUCACAUCCCUGUGUGAAAAACUUCCUCUUAAUAUCCAACCUAAACCUCCCCUGCCUCAGUUUUAAAGCACCCCUUGUCCUAUCUCUAUCAACUCAUGUAAGCAGCCGUUCCCCCUCCUGUUUAUACACUCCCUUCAAGUACAGGAAGGCCACAGUGAGGUUUCCCCAGAGCUUUCUCUUCUCUUCUGAUCCUGUCCAAUGAAGGAAGGCAGUGCUGGGAGCCCAACAUACACAGUCACCAAUGGACAGGGCUUGGGAGAGGGAGAAGAGCAGGAAGGGAUAAGCUGUGUGUGAAAUGGGACCAGAAGCUGUUGUCUGUUCUGUUAUCUGGGGCAGGUCACUGAAGUCUGUCUUAUCUUGUAAUCUUUUAUUAAAGUCUUUUCUAAAUCACA